AAAUGGUUGAUUUAUAAUAAUUUUCUGUUUCUGACUUCUCUACUUUAUGUUCUUUUUGUUGAUUUUGACGUUUGCGGGUUGUCUUGUCUGCGCCCUGGUCUUUGGACAAUCGGUUAUUGGCGUUUGAUUUAUUAACCACGAAUUACGGUCAGAACGGUAUUUUUUUGGUUUGUUCAACUCAAAAUGAUUUAUGUGUGAGUGUGUGUGUACAUUAUUUGACUAAUAACAGUGUGAAUUUUUAUUUACGAUGACUCAAUUUUUACCACCCAAUCUGUUGGCGCUUUUUGCGCCAAGGGAUCCUAUGCCUUACCUGCCGCCCGUCGUCAAAUUGCCGUACGAAAAGAAAACCCGCGGCUACUUGGGCGUUGGUAGUUUUAUGGACUUGUUCGAAGAACCCGAAGACACUCCACCGCCAACGAAAAUCGAAACCCGAGAAGAACGUUUGGAAAGACGACGUAGAGAGAAGGCUGAACAAGUAGCGUACAAACUAGAACAAGAAAUUGCUCUGUGGGAACCACAUACCGUCGCAAACGCUACAACUGAUCCAUUUAAAACAUUGUUUGUCGCAAGAAUUAAUUAUGAUACAUCUGAAUCGAAACUGCGUAGAGAGUUUGAAUUAUACGGUCCUAUUAAAAAGAUUGUGGUCAUACACAACAAGAUCGACGGUAAACCUAGAGGGUAUGCUUUCAUCGAGUACGAGUAUGAACGCGACAUGCAUUCUGCAUAUAAACAUGCCGAUGGGAAAAAAAUUGAUGGACGCCGAGUGUUGGUCGAUGUUGAAAGAGCACGCACUGUGAAAGGUUGGCUUCCUCGAAGACUAGGAGGUGGAUUAGGGGGCACUAGACGCGGUGGUCCUGAAGUUAAUCUAAAACAUUCCGGUAGGGAAGACAACGAAAGAGAAAGAGAAAGGUAUGCUCGAGAAAUGGCUGGUAGUCGCUCUGGACGUAGUGUCACUACAGAAAGAGACCGGGAUCGUGAUUAUCGCGACAGAGACAGAGACCGAGAGCGUGAUCGUUCUGACCGUGACAGGCGUCCACGUAGUAGAGAUCGCGAAAGAAAACGUCAUCAUACGAAAUCACGUUCGAGGGAACGCAAAAGACGCCGUAGUAGAGAUCGUGUUAGGGAUGUAGAUUACGAUGAAGUUGAAGAAGUUCCCGUUACCAAAUCGAGAGAUAAAGAUCGAGAAAGGAAAAGGAAACGUAGUCGUUCGAGGGAUCGCGAAAGAAAGAAGGAUCGCAAAGAUAGGGAGCAUCAUCGCCGAGACAGGAGUAAAGAUAGACGUGACAAGCACAAAGACGAUUCCGAGCGUGAAGAAAAGGUCCAUAUCAAACAAGAGCCUGUCGAUGAGUACGAUAAUAAUUAUGAUAAUUACAACGAUUACAACGAUGGCUACAACAGUGGCCACGAAGAAUAUGAUCCGGAUAUUGUUAAAAAAGAAGAACCUGACGAUGAGCCGGCUAACGGAGCUCGAUACAGUAGUACAUCAUCGUAUUACUCAGCCAAACCUGAACGUGGCGAAAAUUACGGUGAAAACGGCCAAGCAGACAACUACGAUGAAUGAAUUGUUACGAUUCUGAUUAUACAAAAAUUAUUUCACUUAGAUUACACAUGUUAUAUUUUAUAGGUAUGUGUUAAAAGGUAGGCAAUAUUUAUAAUGUAAAUUAAGUUUGACAAACUUAUUUUUAAACUAUUUGCCUGUAAAAUUAAUUAUAAUAAAAAAAGUAAUAAACAACUAAAUUUAUUUGAAGUA